AGGGGUGGGGGAAGAAGGGUGCAGGGGUUCCCUGGCUUGUCCAAGAGACAUAAGAGACGAAGGCCCUGGGUUCUGGAAGAAUUUAGUUUAAGGCAGGCAUCCCCAAACUUCGGCCCUCCAGAUGUUUGGGACUACAGUUCCCAUCUUCCCCGACCACUGGUCCUGUUAGCUAGGGAUCAUGGGAGUUGUAGGCCAAAACAUCUGGAGGGCCGCAGUUUGGAGAUGCCUGGUUUAAGGGCAUGAGUGGAAGGACAGAGUGAAAGCAAGACUACCAUAGGAGGAAGAAAGGACUGCCAGGGUCAUUGCACAUGAACCAGGAACUUCAGAGAUUUGGGAGGUUGAAGUUCAUUGACUGAUCUUUGAAAUAAGCAGGCAUCCUUGGCUUCAGGCCUUUGCUUUUAGAUGAGUCGCUCAAAAUAUCCAUUGAUUUUAUUUUUGCCCACUUUCUUGCAUUUCAUUUUACUUUGCAGCUAUUUUUUUUUAAAAAAAUAAAGACCCUAUUGUUUCCCUCUUCUCUGAACUGCAUACCUUUUAAACCUCAAAAGGCUACUAGAAAUUGCGCUUGCCUUUUAAUGUAAAGGCGGUUUCCUCAUCAGGCUUUUCAAGUCUUGAUCUCGUAAUGCUUUCAUGUUCUCGUCCUAUGCUUUUAAGUCUUUACAGUGCACUUUUUCAAAAGGGCUCUCUCUUCUUUCUAAAUUGAGUGAUGCGCUCCUCUAGCCUCUUAAAGCUAGAACUCCUCAGGGUGUUCCAUGCUGAACAACACAGAUUCUGACACCAAUGUCCGUUCAUCUCUUGCUGUGGAGUGAUUGCCUAUGGCGAGGAGGGUGUAAAUGUAGCCGUUAGUUCCCGUUGACCUGAUAUCAUGUGAUUCCCUAUGAACCCUUUUCCAGAGCAGUGAGAUGUGAGAGGAGCACUUGGCAUCUGUUCUGGAACAUAACCCUUCUCUCUGCCUCAGUGUCUGGGCCAGCUCAAAGCUUGCCGCUCUCUUAUCUCUCAAAUUAAAAUUGCAAAUCUGCCCCUUCCUCUAGCUAGGAGAGAGACCCGCAAACUCCAACGGGUAUUGCACUCCAAGUCUGAAAAAAUAUUCAGGGAACUUGUUGAAUCAUCUUGCUUCCAAGCCCACUAUUGUUUCCAGGAGGAAAGCCUUUGUGACAUCAGCAGUCAUGACAACACUUCCCUCCUUCAGCUCAAGAGAAAUGUUCAUACCUAGCAACUAACACAGCAGAAGCAGGUAGGGGGGGGAGGGAGGAGUUUUUGGUGUCUGCCUGUUAAUUUUAUGAAGGGAUUCCUCCCCCCCCCCCGUGCCAAAAAAAAAAAAUUAAUGUAGCCACAGCACUGGACUAAACUGAAUGCAACAGAAAGGAAGGAAGGAAGGUAGGUAGGUAGGAAGGAAGGAAGUGAAAUGAGAGGUGUGAGAAGGCAACCAACAAAGGCAGGAUUCAGAAUUGUAGAGUGGGGAGGGUCCCUGAGGGCCAUGUAGCCCAACCCCCUGCAUUGCAGGAAUCAGGAAUCUUUGAGGGCCAGCAUGGAAUAAAGGUGGGUCAAUGGCAGCUGCAUCCUCACAGCAUUGGAUGAGCGUCAGGUGAGCCUUUGAUGAAGAGCAGCUAACCAAAAGGAAAUCCUAUUUUUAAAACGCCAUAUAGACUGCUACUACACAAGCUCGCUUCUCUGCUUCAUUGGUAUGAUUUCUUUAUAUAGAUAUGUCCACAUAUUCUUUAAACCCACAUUUCUGUUAAUGAAUUAAUUAUAUCGUAUAAUUUUUGAAUUACAUCCAAACACCAUCUUGCCAUUUUGCUACUGAAAGAGCUGUUAGACAGUGGAACAGUCUCCUUCGAGGUUGUGGGCUCUCCUUCACUGGAGGUUUUUAAGCAGAGGCUGGAUGGCCACUUGUUGUGGGUGCUUUAGUUGAGAUUCCUGCAUUACAGAGGAUUGGACUAGAUGAUCCAUGGGGUCCCUUCCAACUCUACAAUUCUAUGAUUCUAAUUCAUAAUUGUGCCCAGCCCAGAGCUUGCACUAUUCAGAGGUGUACUGCCUCCAAAUACAGAGAUUUAAUUUAGGUUGUCAUAAAAGGUAAAGGGAUUCCUGACCAUUAAGUCCAGUCGUGACCGACUCUGGGGUUGCGGCACUCAUCUCGCCUUAUUGGCUGAGGGAGCCGGCGUACAGCUUCCAGGUCAUGUGGCCAGCAUGACAAAGCCACUUCUGGCGAACCAGAGCAGCGCACGGAAACGCUGUUUAUCUUCCUGCCGGAGCGGUACCUAUUUAUCUACUUGUACUUUGACGUGCUUUCGAACUACUAGGUGGGCAAGAGCUGGGACCGAGCAAUGGGAGCUCACCCCGUUGCGGGGAUUCAAACCGCCGACCUUCUGAUUGGCAAGCCCUAGGCUCUGUGGUUUAACCCACAGUGCCACCCGCGUUCCAUUUAGGUUGUCAUAGUUAAUAGCUAUUGAUACACUCCUUUUCCAUGAGCUUGCAUUAAUUCUUUUUAAAACCCAUCUGACAAUUAGUGUAAGUCUGAAAUAUUUCAUUUUAAACGAGUGUUAGAAAUGGCUCAUCACUGGCAGUUCAUACCUGAGUGUAGCUCAUGAAUGAAAAUGUUGGCUCUCAUCUUCAUACUGCUUCUCUAUUUUAGACUGGUCCUGGAAAAUAUGGUAAUAAUGCCUAGAACUUCAGUACACCAUCCUGUAAUCCUUGCACUAACUCUAUAAGAAGUGUUGGUCAAGUCAGUGACCUCUAGAACCUGGUGGAUCUACUGAGAGGUCGUGGUGGGGUGGUGGCCAACCUUUGGUUUUCUCCCUGUUUUCCUCCCUUGCAUAAAUACUUAAGUGGACACUUAAGCAUUGCUGUUUUACAAAUAUUUAGCACCAGGGUGGAUUUGAUUUAAAUCAAAUCAAUUUAAAUCACAAUUUAAAUCACUAGUCAGUAAGACUUGAUUUAAAUCUCUCUCUUUUUUACAGAAAGAAUAAUUCUUGCUGGUAUAAUCUUAAUUUUUACAACCAGAUGAAGGUUUCAUUUUUGGAACAACAAAUUUUCAGAGUAGUUUUUACAGUUAUAUAAAAAAUCACUGAUUUGGUUAUACUCUUAGAAAUACACAGACAGAUAAUUAUGAAAUUAUUAUGAGGUUUAAUAAGUUAACUGUUUAUAGGGGCUAUAUCUCCCAGCAGCCCUGGCAUUGGAGAGGCUGGCCUUCCCUUUUCUAGAGGAGAGGGGGGGGAGGAGAGGCAAAGUGGUAGACCUAGGCAGGAACAAGCUUGCAGAAAGAGCAGGCUGAGGAGAAACAGGCUGGUGGAAAGCUGGAAAGGGGGAGCUGAGAACUUCAAGGAUUCCAGCUGCAGGACUGAAGUUCCAGGUAGAGUCUUUAUUGUUUGGACAAAGUCAGGCGAGCCCCGGGAAGAAGGGCCUGGAACCAGUGAACUCUUAUUAGUUGACCUGCAGGCACUUCAAGGUCCUGCCAAGGACUUGCAGAUCCCAGUUGCGAUUUCCUCCUCCACCACCACAAACCCUUUGGAUUUGCUUCUACAUUCAGGUGCCUCUUCUGUACAGUGAAGUGUCAGUGCAGUUGUUGGAACCCAGUGGGAUUGGGAAGAGCCUUCAGCACUUGCCUCAAGUCUGAGCUGCAGAGAAAGCAUCCCUUCUGCCAGAGGUGCAUCUCUGCUGGGAGAAAAGUUGUCUUCUUUCCCAUCUGUUUUGGUACUCUCCCUGUCCUCCUCCUUGCAAAGAAACAGUGGACAUUUAAACAUUGGCAUUUUAUACUUAGCAGUUUGAGCUGUUUGCAGAUGUAGAAACAGCUCUGAGCAUGUUCAGAAGAGCCGGUGGGUCUACCUGAAAAGUAGACUACAGUAGUUCUUGUUAGAUGCAUUAUCUGGAUUGAAAUAGUGAGGAGGGGAGAUUACACAUCCAAGACAAAUAGCUAGUACUUCUGGUAAGAUAAAAAUUGGGGCUGGUGCCUAGAGACAGACGGGCAGAUCAUGACCCCCUGGUCUGGGAAUAGUUUUGGAUUGAGAUUAACUGAGUGGUGCAGAGAGCUCAUUAGCCAUAGAAUGAGAGACCCAGGGCACACUCUACAUUGAAAUCAAUUGUGGAAUGAGGUGUGGGACAGGAAAGCGUGUGGCUUUGAGAUUUGAGGACUUAAAAAAUAAUUCUGGGCAUUUCACUUGGUAAGGUGAGCCCUGGUUGUCUUAAUGAAUCAGCUUCCACCUCAUUCGGUAAGGAUUAUGACCCCCACAUUAUUAGCAGAUGUGAAAUUUGCUAGGUGCAUUUUUCACCUGGCCACUUGUGACUAAAGUGAAGAUGCCUGGGCACCAGGAUGGCACCUGACGUCUCCACCACCUGGAGGUGCCUACCUGGGGAUUCUUGGAUCUUGACUAUUUUUCAAACACUAGCAACACAUCCUAUAGCAUUCUAUCUGUGAUAUUUUAUCUGCACAAUCAGAAUGAAUACAGCACCAAAAAGACAUACAGUGGUACCUCUACUUACGAAUAACUCUACUUACGAAUGUUUCUACUUACAAAUGGAGCUCCGUCCGCCAUCUUGAAUGCGGUUUAGAUAGGAUUUUUUCUACUUACGAAUUUUUAGAUAGGGUUGCUUCAACUUACGAAUUUUUUUCUCCCAAUGCAUUCCUGUGGGAUUAGACUUACAAUUUUUUUCGACUUACAAAUGUGUGUUCGGAACGCAUUAAAUUCGUAAGUAGAGGUACCACUGUAUUGAAAAAUAUGACUUUUGAGCCAUCUGGCCCAAAAAUGGCAACUAGGCAUUCUGUUUUGGCAACUGUAAUCCUGGUUUAAGGAGCCAAUUGGCACCUAGCUUCUAUACCUGAGUUUCUAACACUGAUUACAGGGUUAUGUGUGUGGUCUUCGAAGAGGCUUUGCUUCAAGUUACUUAGUGAGUUCAAAGAAGAGGUGAAAUUUGAACCAGGUUCUCGGGAUACCCUUUAUUGGAGCAGCUACAGUGUUGAGGGUAGCAAGCUUUUCUUUCAGUGGCUCUGAAAUGUCCAUUACCACAUAAUAGUUCUUUCCUGUAGAGCUCUGUGUCCCUUAUCAAACUUUAGAGUACUGUAUACCAGAUCAACUUGGGCUAGUGGAAACUAUUGCAUGAACAAAACUGGAUUGUGUCUGACAGUAGAAUUAAAUGCUUCAUCUCCCUGAGUACCUGUGCUGCCAAAAGGAAAGUUUUGAAUGUGUGUGUUGCCUUUCACCCUCAUUACUGAACUGGAACUGAAUAGUUUGAAAGGCCUGGCGGGAGAAGCUCCUGGCAAGCCACAGCGCGUGUCUUGAGGGCUGCUUUGACAUGUAGGUCACAAGCUGUGCUAAUGCACCCAACAGCUAAUUUUAAAAAUAAAGCUGGGGCUUUCCCCUCCUCAAACAAUGCUAUUCAUCAAAUAUAAAGUGGAUCUACAAAAAAAUAAUGCUUCACCAUUUCACAGUUGCGGUCAAUUAGGCGAAUAUGUUACUUAGGAAAUAUGCUUGUUCCUAUGAUGUUUGGAUUGCAUGAAGUGAGCAAAGUGGUUCUCCAUUAAGGCUAGUAACCCACUGGUUCCAUUUGUUGCUUUGGUGAAGAUGCUUUGCUCCUUUCAGGCCUGGGAACCUGCCUUUACCAGAUCAGACUAUUUGUCCAUCUUGCCGAGUGAUGUCAACUCUGACUGAAUUCUUCUCUGUCCAGGCUCUCAGAUAGAGGUUUUCCCUCAACACCUGUACUUUGUAUUAUUGUUGUUGUUAUUGUUAUUGUUAUUGUUAUUACCCCGCCUAUCUGGCUGGGUUUCCCUAACACUCUGGGUGGCUUACAGUGCAUAUAAAAACAUAGUAAAACGUCGAACAUUAAUACAGUGGUACCUCUACUUGCGAAUAACUCUACUUACAAAUGUUUCUACUUAUGAAUGGAGCUCCGUCCGCCAUCUUGGAUGUAGUUUAGAUAGGAUUUUUUCUACUUACGAAUUUUUAGAUAGGGUUGCUUCUACUUACGAUUUUUUUCUCCCAAUGCAUUUCUAUGGGAUUCGACUAACAAAUUUUUCCGACUUACGAAUGUGCGUUUGGAACGCAUUAAAUUCAUAAGUAGAGGUACCACUGUAACUUCUCGAUACAGGGGUGCCUUUAAAUGGCUUCUAAAAGUUGUGUAGUUCUUUAUUUCCUCGACAUCUGAUGGGAGGGCAUUGCAAAGGAAGGGUGCCACUACUGAGAAGGCCCUCUGCCUGGCUUCCUGUAACUUCACUUCUCACAGGGAGGGAACCACCAGAAGGCCCUCAGACAUGGACCUCAGUGUCUGGGCUGAGCGAUGGGGGUAUAUACUGGGCCAAGGCUGUUUAGGGCUUUAAAGGUCAGUACCAACACAUUGAAUUGUGCUUGGAAAUGUACUGAGAGCCAGUGAAGAUCCUUUAGGACUGGUAUUAUAAGGUCCCGACGGCUGCUCCCUGUCACUAGUUUAGCUGCUGCAUUCUGGAUUAGUUGUAGAUUCCGGGUCACCUUCAAAGGUAGCCCCAUGUAGAGUGCAUUGCAGUAAUCCAAGCGGGAAAUAACCAGAGCAUGCACCACUCUGGUGAGAUAGUCAGUGGUCUCAGCCUGUGUACCAGAUGGAGCUGGUAGACACCUGCCCUGGACACAGAAUUGACCUGCGCCUUCAUGGACAGCUGUGAGUCCAAAAUGACUCCCAGGCUGUGCACCUGGUCCUUCAGGGGCACAGUUACCCCAUUCAGAACCAGGGAAUCCUCCACACCUGCCCGCCUCCUGUCCUCCACGAACAGUACUUCUGUCUUGUCAGGAUUCAACCUCAAUCUGUUAGCCACCAUCCAUCCUCCAACCGCCUCCAGGCACUCACACAGGACCUUCACUGCCUUCACUGGUUCUGAUUUGAAAGAGAGGUAGAGCUGGGUAUCAUCUGCAUACUGAUGAACACCCAGCCCAAACCCCCUGAUGAUCUCUCCCAGCAGCUUCAUAUAGAUGUUAAAAAGCAUGGGGGAGAGGACAGAACUCUGAGGCACCCCACAAGUGAGAGCCCAGGGGUCUGAACACUCAUCCCCCAACACCACUUUCUGAACACGGCCCAGCAGGAAUGAGCAGAACCACUGUUUCAUGUAGAUGCUGAACUUUUCAGUCCAGGGUAGUAGUUUAUUUCAAACUCGUUUGCCCAGCUUGGAUCUUGGCUACUCAUAGCGCCAGAGAAUUUAAUUUAAAUUCUGUUGCUCUUUGGCUGCGGUCCUAACACUGCCUGCCUGCUUAUAAGCAUACCAAUAGCCUGAAAAUUGCAACAUUAGGUUAGCAUUAGACUAGCUUCAUGGACCUUCUAGGUUUAAGUAAGUACAGGACCCUUUUAUUGUUCAGAUUUCAUGAUAAUGCUUCUCUCUUACAACAGCAAAGUGCAUUUCAGAGAAUGACUGCUUUUUAAAAUCAUAAUGACAUUUCACUAGACUCUGGAUAGUUUUAUGUUGCAAUGGGAAGAUGAGAUCAUAAUGAAACAUUCUUCAUGUGGGAACCUUGAAUCAACAUUUUCAAGGAGUUAAAAUCGAGGCUGUACCAUCAGUUAAAGACAUUUCGGUUGGUCAUUUUACCUUUUAAUCAAUUAGUUCGUUUAGAUGUACAUAUGCAUAUUCAUACCUCACUAUAGACCUGCUUCUUAGAUUUUGGAGGAAGUGCAAUGAUAACAGUAAUGUUAAAUCUCACCAUUUGCAAUAAAUGAUAUAGAAUGCUUUCUUUUUUUAUUCCCUGGCCACAUGACCCGGAAGCUGUAUGCCAGCUCCCUCGGCCAGUAAAGCGAGAUGAGCGCCGCAACCCCAGAGUCGUCCGCGACUGGACCUAAUGGUCAGGGGUCCCUUUACCUUUACUUUUACAGUAGCAUCAGCACCAAAGUAGCUCCAAAAAUAAAUAAAAAUGCAUUUUACUGCAGCCCUACUAAUUAAAAUUUUGCCGCCCAACCAAAUUAGUUAUUUUGCAGCUUUAGUUCUUUAAAAAAUCAAUUCAUUACGGUUUCCAGCGAUGUAUUUUCUGUAACAUGUUUAAAAACCAUGAACUUUGCCCUCAGAGUUCAGUGAACCUUUUGCAUUUCAGAUACAAAUGAAGAAAUGUUGCAAUUGCUUCCUCUUAAAAUAAAAAAAAAGAGAUGCUAAAAUGAGGCAAGACAGCUUUCCGGGAGUCAGCGAAACUCAGGAGGCAUUGUCAGGUUGCAGAAACUUGCUCAUCUGUCAUGGUUUUUGUUGCUAUUUGCAGUGUGUGGAAUGUUUGCAUGAUUCAGGAAGUUGCCCUUCAGCAUCCAGGACUUAGGUGUGCAAAUAGAAAGCAAGUUACUUUCAUUUUCUCUCCCUCAGGGUGUUGACAGUGGCCUUUGUAAGAGGGCUAUUUGAGGUGUGCGAAAGUUGGCAAAUGUGGCUGAAUUUUCAGGAUCUUGCCAACAAACUUUUAUCCUUAUUUUUGCCAUAAUUGUUCCUUCCUCUGUUUUCAUCCUAGAAGGCUUCUGCUGAGUAUGUUAUAAUCCUUAGGAGGUGCUUUGUAAGCAGGAUCUUAUUUUGUACCUUGUAAAUAAGGUGACAGGUGUUUCCUAGUUUUUUGUUGCCCUAAUUUUUUGUGUGUGAAGUGAGUCCUUUAGAAUUUGCUAUAUAUAAUGCAGUUUACUGAGUACAAGCGUGGAAUGUAAGGGCCCUGCCACUGAAUACAGUUUGGGACCUGAAAGCUUGCUAACUCUUUUGCAAUUACUUUGGUUGAUUCUAAUACAUAGUUUGUCAAUGGUAUUUUCCUAUGGACGACUUUCUUAGUUUUUAUAUAUUUGGCCAGUACCUGUUUUCAUUGAAUACCUCAUAAUUAGCUGACUUUGGCUGAGUGUUUUCCCUGAGGCGCCAACUGCAUUGGGAUGGUUGCUUGCUUUGCCAGUCAGAGUGAAGAAAAACGGGUGUUUCUCCCCAAAAAGUGUGCUGUUACUUGCAGGAACAUUAUUGGCUGAUUAGCCUCAGGACCUGCCUACCCAUGAGGCAAGGUGAAGAAACUGCCUCGGGUGGCAGGAUCCACAGGCACAGCAGAUCCAGCUUCCAAGGAAUGAUUGGCCAUUGCUGCUGCCACUGCCAUGAUAAAAACAGGGGCCUGUGGCACACUCCUCACAGGAUGGGGCCUCAGCAGCCCUGCCAAUGCUGCUCUCCUCCCACCCCUAGGAAGCAAGUGGCGGGGACUGCUCUCUGGUGUCUGCUGGGCUCUGCACUCUCCUAGCUUGACUCAGAGCGGGUCCUUUCCUCCUGCCCGACGGUCUUUGAGUCCCAUUUCAACCAUCAGGUUAGGUUGAUUUUAUUCCUGCCUUGUUCCCGAUCUUCAUUCCCUGCUUCUUCCCUGGUGGGUGUUGGUGCCAUUUUGUGGCUUGCCUCAGGUGCCAAAAUGUCUCUCCCUUAUAGUUGUGGCAAGAAACAAAAUUUUGACGCUGGACUCCCUUCCUUUUUAAGAGGGGUGCAUGGUGGCCUUAUAUCGAUACUUCCCUGUGGAAGUAUUUGAGACAUAUGUGGGUUUUUUUAAAAAAAAAAACUGGUCAGUUUUAAUGCUGUCAGAUCCAGGCAGGUAAGAAAGCAACAUAUAAAUGAACAACUUCCAAGGGGAAAAUUAACAUUCCUUCCUUUUUCUGUUUCUUACUGGAAUUCAUGUGACGUUAAGUCACAAACUUGACAUGAGUCAACAGUGUGAUGCAGCAGCUAAAAAAGCCAAUGCAAUUCUGGGCUGCAUCAAUAGGAGUAUAGCGUCUAGAUCAAGGGAAGUAAUAGUACCACCGUAUUCUGCUCUGGUCAGACCUCACCUGGAGUACUGUGUCCAGUACUGGGCACCACAGUUCAAGAAGGAUACUGACAAGCUGGAACGUGUCCAGAGGAGGGCAACCAAAAUGGUCAAAGGCCUGGAAACAAUGCCUUAUUAGGAACGGCUUAGGGAGCUGGGUAUGUUUAGCCUGGAGAAGAAAAAGGUUAAGGGGUGAUAUGAUAGCCAUGUUCAAAUAUAUAAAAGGAUGUCAUAUAGAGGAGGGAGAAAGGUUGUUUUCUGCUGCUCCAGAGAAGCGGACACGGAGCUAUGGAUUCAAACUACAAGAAAGAAGAUUCCACCUAAACAUUAGGAAGAACUUCCUGACAGUAAGAGCUGUUCAGCAGUGGAAUUUGCUGCCAAGAAGUGUGGUGGAGUCUCCUUCUUUGGAGAAUGCUUUGAUGGUGUUUCCUGCUUGGCAGGGGGUUGGACUGGAUGGCCCUUGUGGUCUCUUCCAACUCUAUGAUUCUAUGAUUCUACAUCAAUCCACAAAUGAGCAAAUAUGCUGUAGGCUACCAGAAAGAAGGCUGUGGGCUCUUUGCUCUUUCCUGGUCCUGCUGCUGUUGUGCUGGGCCACAGUUUGGCUUAGCAUAUCGUCUAAGCUCAGGUUCAUGGUUUGGCUUUCUUCCAGACAAACCACAAGGUGUCACCACGGUUUGUCCUCUGGUUUUUUGGGGGGACAGCACCCCACGAGGCUGGGUUCAGAUGACACAUCAAGCUAAACAGCAGCUUAGUUCAGUGCAGUGCUGCAGCAAGAGAGCCAGAGGAGGAAAUUUCCUCUCUGGGAACCCAUUCAUUUGCAUUGACUAAGCCAUCAUUUGGCUUAGCUUUAAUUGUUACCUAAUUCAUACAUGCACAUGCCAGCAUUCCUGUAUCAGUUUUAUUUAUAGUUUGUUGAUGUAUUUUCAUGUAGCAUACGGACUUGGUUUACUAUUUUUUGGCAAGAUUUGACUGUGUGUAUUUUUAAUGGCUUUGCUGUACAUGACUCAUGCAACAAGGUGAUCUAAAUAAUUGUAUAUUCACUCUGAAGGCUUUUACUGUGUAUGUUUUGGAAUGUAAUACAGAAACUAUACUUUGACUUCAACUCCUUUCCGUAUGGAACCCUGCCCAAGGUUAUAGCAUGACAUUCUCCAGCCCUGUGCACUGAUGAAAUAAUAUUUUGAAUCAAUCCCUUACAGAUGAUGUAGUUACUAACCCAUGGCAUAUCAUUGUUUUCUUAGAAAGAAUAGAACAGUCCCUCUACCACUUAAGAUGUAGGUCAUGGUUAGUGCUUCUUUCCCAUCUUUUCGAGGGACCUCCGGCUUCUGCCAAAUUACUUCUUUCUCUGUCAGUGUGCCAAGACUCUUGAAGAGCUUCUGUUGUCCAACAAUAGGAACAAUCGGGGGUUGGAGAAGGCUUUGUAGGGGGAACCAGCCUUCUGGGUUCCAGCAGGAUCUAGUGAGAGGGAUGCAUGCCCUCAGAGGUGCCCCUUGGAUUCCACUGCCUGAGGCAGGUGCCUCAGUCGGCCUUAGGGGCAGGCUGGCCCUGGCUACAAUAGGUUGGUGCUACUGAGGGAAGCUCCAGCUAGACAAAUGAGCAACAAUCCUGUGCACUAAUACACUAAUAUGUUUAGGGAGUUUCCUUCUGGGACUGGCAGGGCACUGGAAACCAAGAACCUCCUUGCUGUCCCUCCAGAGACCCUCCCCCCUCAGCUCCUUGACACCAAGCUUCAUUGCAGUAUGUUUCCAAGCACAACUCAAGGUGUUGGUGCUGACCUCUAAAGCGCUAAACGGCCUCGGCCCAGUAUACCUGAAGGAGUGUCUCCACCUCCACCGUUCAGCCCAAACACUGAGGUCCAGCUCUGAGGGCCUUCUGGCAGUUCCCUCACUGCGAGAAGUGAGGUUUCAAGGAACCAGGCAGAGGGCUUUCUCGGUGGCGGCGCCCUCCCUGUUGAACACCCUCACGUCAAAUGUCAAGGAAAUAAACAACUAACUGACUUUUAGAAGACAUCUGGAGGCAGCCCUGUUUAGGGAAGUUUUUAAUGUUUGAUGUUUUAUCAUGUUUUAGUACAGUGGUACCUCUGUUUAAGAACAGUCCUGUUUUCGAAUGAUUCAGUUUAUGAACCGCAUAAAACCGGAAGUAGUGUCCUGGUUUGCAAACUUUACCUUGGUCUAAGAAUGGAAUCCGAAUGGUGGAAGGGUAUGGGUGGCGGGAGGCCUCAUUAGGGAAAGCACGCCUCGGUUUAAGAAUGGUUUCGGUUUAAGAAUGGACUUCCGGAAUGGAUUAAGUUCGUAAAAUGAGGUACCACUGUAUUCUGUCCACCUACUUGCAGCUAGGGCUGGGUGAUGUUGGGUUUUCAACAUUAUGAUGCAUGGCCAGCAAAAUAUUGCGGUUUGGCAAUAUAACGUGAUGUUGAAAAAGCUGCACUUUCCAGCAACUGGGAUUGAGAAGCACUUCUGCCUCCAGCCAUAGAUACAAAUUCACAUAGAAAUAAUUAAAAUAAAAUAAUGAAAUACACUGCUCCCCAAAAAUAAUUAACUGGGUUUCUUCACCAUUGUGUCACUUGAAAAAUGACUUGCGGCAUUUACAUAACCUUGGCUAACUGUUUAUCCAGUCCUUGCGCUUAUGUUCUGUGUUUGUGCACAAGAUAAAGAUUCUUUCAUUCUAUACUCUGCAUUUUGCUGUCAGAAGUUAGUGUGAUACGGUAUAACACUGAUUUGUAUGUUGAGCAGUGAAGUGGAGAUAGUAGCUUUGAAUGUAACCAAAAUAUUUAACAGCAAUGAAUUUUGUGUGUGGGGGUUUAAAGUUCAUGAGUAUGUUCCCAACCAAGCCCCCCCCCCCACAAAAAACCACUGUAUGUUUUAUAAUAUUUUUCCUGCGAAGAAAAGGCAUGUUAUCUCUGCAGACACAAAUUCACACUUUUGAGAACUGCAAAAACAAGCAUCAGUGAUAAUAUCUUCUCAUUAGAAAAACUGCCCCAAAUAAUCUUACAGAAACCUCUGGAAGAGUUUGACAUUGUGAAUGGAUUAAUGGAAUUCAUUUACCAAAAAAUUUAAACACUGCAUAUAAAUUCUCAUACUACAUAAUUGGAAACAAAUCCUUAUUUCCUGAUGAAUAGCCUUUGGACUAUAAUGUAAUUGAAAUGGAAAACUAUCUUUAGAAAUAUCUUGAAAUAUUUAGAAAUAUUUUUCCUCCAAAAGCAUUUUAUUUUUUUAAAAAAUCCUAUUUAAAUAAAAUCAUUGAUUUUUAUCCACCCUGGUUCAAUCAUGGUUUCUAAGGUCACGACAUAACACUACAAGUCAUGACUAGGAAGCUCAAAGCAUGGUUUGUGGCCAAUACUUGACCAUAGUUUAGGUAUUCAGAGACCUUCAGGCAAAAAAACAAGGAAGCCAAUAUAUAUAUAUAUUUGUAAAUAGUAUUUUUGGAAUACAUUUCUAUUUAUAGUUCACCCUGUCCAUAAGUUGCAAGACUGUACAAUCUUACUCGUCCUUGCAAACUUUUUAAAUGGCAGCAUAGUUUUAAUGAUAAGAAACGGCAGCUGUAAUUCAAUGAUUUGCUAGAGUUGAUGCCUGAACUUAAUUUGAAUCCUUAUCUCCUAUGUCUGAGUCUGUACAGGCUCAUAAAGAUUAGGAAGAUUGAGUUGACUUAAAAAUGCUUUCUGAAGUUAUUUUCAGACAAAUUCUUUUUCUGAAUUAGUUGUAUAAAGGGUGACAUACAUACUUCUCUCCUAAAUCUUCUAAUCUUCAGUGAUCAGAGGAGGACCAUCUGGUUGUGAGAUGAGACCCUGCACCCAAGACCUUUAAGUUGUUGUAACAAGAUACAUCUGCCUUGAAGCAAAUAUUAAAAGGGGUUAUCUUGAAAAAAAUAACUAGAACAACUGCCUGAAGAUUACCACAUACCUUCCAAAUUCCUCAUUUGGAUUUUGGCAUCGUUUAAAAAUGCUGCAUUUGUUUGUGUGGGUCUACAAGUGGACAUGUCACCUAUUGUUUUUAAACAUGCAAAAGGGCAGGAUUUAUUUGACCAGAUUGUGUACCAUUUGGACCUUGUGGAAACGGAUUACUUUGGCCUUCAGUUCAUGGACACAUCCCAGAUUUUGCACUGGCUAGACCAUUCAAAACCCAUUAAGAAGCAAAUCAAAAUUGGGCCACCAUAUACGUUGCACUUUCGAAUCAAAUACUAUUCAUCGGAGCCAAACAACCUCCAUGAGGAAUUCACAAGGUACCUGUUUGUAUUACAGCUGCGGCAAGAUGUUCUUUCAGGAAAAUUGAAAUGCCCUUAUGAAACAGCUGUAGAACUCUCUGCUUUGUGUCUCCAAGCUGAGCUUGGCGAAUGUGAGCUCCCCGAACACACUCCAGAACUUGUUUCAGAAUUCCUAUUUACUCCUAAUCAAACUGAAGCGAUGGAAUUUGAAAUCUUUCAGAAGUGGAAAGAAUUCAGGGGAAAGAGCCCUGCACAGGCAGAAAUGUGCUACUUGAACAAAGCCAAAUGGCUAGAAAUGUAUGGGGUGGAUAUGCAUGUAGUUAAGGGAAGAGAUGGUUGUGACUAUGCUCUUGGCUUGACACCAACAGGGAUCUUGAUCUUUGAAGGGGCAAACAAAAUAGGUUUGUUUUUUUGGCCUAAAAUCACUAAAAUGGACUUCAAAAAGAGCAAGCUGACCCUUGUGGUGGUCGAAGAUGAUGACCAGGGUAGAGAGCAAGAGCACACAUUUGUUUUCAGAUUAGACAAUGCUAAAACGUGCAAGCACCUCUGGAAAUGUGCAGUGGAGCAUCAUGCCUUCUUUCGGUUGCGCACACCUGCAAACAGUAAAUCUACCCGGUCAGAUUUUAUCAGGCUGGGAUCCCGCUUUCGAUUCAGUGGUCGAACCGAGUACCAGGCAACGCGUGGAUCCAGACUACGCAGAGCCAGUACCUUUGAAAGGAGGCCCAGCAAGCGGUACCCAUCCCGAAGGCAUUCAACUUUCAAAGCAAGCAACACUCUCAAAGCACCCCAGAUUUGCACUAAAAAUAAUCAAGAAGUCCAUAACUAUCAGCCUCCGUAUCACCCAAAUAUGCACCCUGGCCAAUCACACUGGCACCCACAUCCUCCUGUAAAUCUAAGGCCACCCUAUCAUGAUGACAGGCUCUGUUGGAAACAAUCCCCAAAUGGAGAGGACAGCAAUUUGUGGUAUGUUCAGGACCAGAACCAGAAGAACUUAGUUGGGAUCCAGAGCCUGUUGUAUCAGGAUAAGCUCAUGACAGCCCUUUGAGAAAGAACCAUCUCUCGCUUUAUGCAUCAUCUCACAUACUCAUUACAUUCCAAAUAAGUUUUUUAAAAUUGUGUCAUAAUCCAUAGAACAUAAGGUGUAGUAAACAAAGACUUGCAAGCUGUAGUUCCGUUACUUUGGAAAAAGCUAAGAAAUAUGCCCAAAAUUCUGGAAUGUUGCAGGUAGUUUGUAAAACUCUCAUUAUUUUUUCACUACUGUAGCCCUUUAAUGUUUGUUUUGUUUCAUUUACACACAGUUGCAGCUGUUCUGUGGUUUCAUUUAUGAAUAAAAUCCAGCAAUGAUAGUCUUUCGCUUUUUUUCUUUUGAGUUAUACUGAAAUCAGGAGUCAAUAUAAUUGUAGUUAUUAAAUAUGACUUAAUGGCCAGUGAUAAAGGGAUCCAGAUGACUAAUAAUGAAAUGCUUUUAAAAAAUCUGUUUAUCCCUGAAACAAAUAGGUUUUUGCACCAUGUUAACAAUUAUACAAAAAUCACUAGAGUUUAUAUAUAUAUUUUUAUAUAGCGCAUCUGACGCUUUGGAUUUUAUUGAUCAGCUUAUAAAGUAAUGAACGGGUGUUAAGAUGGUGCCUUAAUAACUGGUGGGUGCUGUCUUUCAGUAGACUUGUGUUUUUAGAUGAUAGAAAAACUGCUGAAAGAAAAACCACCUUAGCCUGGUGACGCUUCUGGUGCUACUUCUCCUUCUCUGUCCCAAAUUUAUUUGGCCUACAUGUUCAGGAGUCCCAGGCUCACACAUUCCAUUCCAACCACAGUUCCUAUCUGUAGUCAUUCAUUUUUGCAUUGGGUUGUGUGGGGAGCAGAGAGAAGGUUUAUAUGAGCACCUAAGACUCAAUCCUGAGCUCAUCAUGCAAGGACAGCCAGCUGUCUGAAUGCAUCCCAAGAGAUAGUUUAGACCUAUGUAUUUUGAUAUGAGAUAUGGGUAAACAAGUUCAGCUUCUACAAAGUUGGAUAUACAUUCUUUAUCUACACACUCAGGUUCCUUAAACAAAACAGGCUAAACUUGUGAUAGUUUUGGUUUUCUUGAAUAUGGAGAUAACAGUGCCAGCUUUGGUUCACGUGUUGAUUUGGCCUUCAAGCUGUGAUCUUUUGAAAUUGAUUGAAACAAGGAAUAUCUUGCUAUUUGGGGAAUAUUUUAAAGUGCUAGUGUUGUUCAUAUGAUUUUACAGAAUCUAACUUUAUAAAUGAGGUUAAGUCUACUUCUCCUUGAGAGCAAAUACAUGAUAGUUUAAUUUUUUUAAUUUAAAGUAUGUUUACAAAUGCUAUUACAUUUGUUUUGAUCUUUGUAUGUGCUGAGUACAAAAAAAUAAAUAUGAAUAUUU